GAAAACGAUUGCACCAACGGAAAGCUGAGGACUUCAGCUACACCCUACAUACUUCGAUUUUCACGAUAGUGCAAUAUUUGAAUGAGUUAUGGCUGUUUGAAGUCAUCGACGGAAUACCGUCGAAAUUUGUAUAGUGGGGAGCCAAAAGGUUAGUACUUUUCUCCCGCGAGGGUCAUCCGGCUAACAUCGUAUCCUCCGAAAGAAUCGACGCGAGUUGCGCGUUGCCACGGACAGUGGGGAAGGUUGGAGCAGCAGCGUGCCAGCUCGACUUGAUCAAGACGAAGAGGCGUUCCAGUCCAGUCUGAGUGCAGUGUUGCGGGGAUAGCUGCUCGACCCAACACUCAACACGAUCGUCCUAGGACAGGUGUAGGUAUUACGCGGGCAGCAGAUACACAACCGACUCAACACAUGGGGGAGCUGUAUUCUCGCUAGGCAAUGCUGAACGCUAAAGGAGGCUCGUCGUGACGUUCCAAGUGACGGGCUAUUCACAAUCACAACCAUGCCUCCACGUCGGGGGAUUCGCCCUCCAAUGGACUUCACGGAAACUUCUGGCAGGGGCAACUCCACCUCAAGCACAAGCAGCAGCAGCAGCGAUGAUGACGAAUAUGACGGUGAUGAACACGCUGAUGAAUCCAUGGACUGCUCCGAUUCAUCUGAUGAGGAUGCAUUCUCAGCUCGCUCCUGGACUCGCACAAUGGCCGUAGUCGAGACGGUUUUCUUUCCGCGUCGCUUACCGGACAAGUUCUCCUAUGCUGAUAUACAUUCACAGUACAACUUCUAUGAAACGUCUGUUUUAGAAAUAUUUGCCGACCUCAACCAUGAUUUACUGCCGGGAAGAAUUGAGCGCAUGCUGCGUACGUGGAGUGCUAAUUACCGACCAAGUGCUAGGUCACUGCGUGAAUUGGGAAGGGGCAUGCGUCCCGGAGACUUCGUCCCGAUGUAUCUUCCAGCACAGAAUGCCGCACUGAUGUUCUUGGGGCGAGACGAUGAUCUGGUGGACGUGUGGGGUUUUGACGUUCAGCCGCCGGCCGGCAUAGUCGUGACCGCGCCCGGGCCGCUUACGGUACAUCAGCCCCGUCUGUGUGUCACCGCGCCGGUCUCAGACGUAUUCUCCAUGGCAAUGGCAGAGCAGAUAUGCUGCAUGCAGGAGCAUGCCUUCUCGGAUGCCUUCCCGGCGGACGAUGCCAGAGAGCGGCAGGCCCCUAGCUCUAGAUAUGUGCUAGAAUGGCUUUUCUCCGUUCUGGCCGCCUUGCAGCGGCCGUGCGCUGAUAAUGCCGACACACGGGUGAUGGCGGUCAGCAAGAAGAUACGUGAUACGGUCAGACACCGUGCCGAGGAGACAGCUGCUGCCGCGGCGACUUCACACCCCUGGCGACGUAAUCCGGCUUGGAUGGCGUUCAAGUUUCUCCUUCACACGGCGCUGACACACUGCGACGGUGGCCACCUGCCGGGCACUGUUGUCUACAAGACGGCCAUGCUUCGCUUCAUGACAAAGCUACUGGAAAACAGCGCGGGCAAGUGCGAUGCUGACCACCACCGCGUGGAGUAUGCAGAUGAUGCCGGCGUCCUUCAGCAGAUGAUGGCGAAAAUCAGCAAGCGCGUCCACAAGCUAUCCUGCCUCGUCCUACAGCCUGGCGUGUCAAAGCGCUUAGCGGCUAAGGCACGCAAAGCAAUGGACCACUCGGUUACCGUAGUUGAGCAAGUCAGCAGCACGCAGCAGACUCGGUGGCGUAGCGUUGUCAGUCGCUACCGGGACAGCUCACAAAUUGCCGGCGAACUGCCUCGUGAUCGCAGCGUCUGUCUGCCGCUGAGCGCCUCACAUCAGCGCAUCGAUGCCUUGCUGGGCCCAGGCAGGAAAGCUGAGAAGUUUGCCUCGGCGGAAAUGGAGAGGCAUGCCGAUGAACAGGCUCUACCGCUUGGUGAUCUCCUGUCGUCAUACCGAUCAGCAACGAGCAUGUUCAUUGGCCUGCAUGCUUGGGAAGAGACGUUGUUGCAACGCUUUGCAAGGGGUGCUGAUGAGACACUCCCUGCCGCCACCGCGCUCUCAUACCUAAACGCCUAUCGAGCCGCUACCGAGGAGAUCUAUCUGCGAGGGGACGCGAUUGCGCAAAGCCGGCGUCUCCUGGUCGCCUCAGUGCUGAUGACAAUGUGUGACCGGGGUGUGCUGGCCGAUUACCCACUGCUCACGAAGCACGCCGCCGACAUUGACAUCACGCCGCUGAAGAGCAUCCUGGCAGCAGACUUCUGUGACAUGGCGGCCCUUGCGCGAGUGGAGAAGCACUUCCGGCGCAGGCAGGCCAAAGGAAAACACCCAGGACCACUGCAACGACAGGUCACAGGCGAUUCACUCUCUGUCAGGUUUUGUGAUAGCUCUGCACACAUGCCGAAGCGUUUGGAGGCUCUUCUCGAGGCCGAUUCACGCAGGGAAAACCAGCACCGCCACGAUGCUAGAGCUGCCAUUGCUGCCUUCAAGGUCCGUGAGCAAGAGCUUCAAUCUGAGGUAUGCGAUAAGCAUCGCACACUAGAUGAAGACACUGGUGAAUGGAUAAAGAUGCAUCUGCCGAAGAGCUGCUCAAAAUGCAGGGAGCAGAAAGCCCUCAGAAAUAGGCACCAUGACGUGUUUGAACGUCAACUGCCGCACGAUUCUAACUUGCGGCAAGCGGCCGUCUUUGAGCUGUGCAUUCCGUCUGACGUGGAAAACUGGCGUGAAUGCGUACUCGUUUACAAUGAGUCGUAUCUCCACUCUACGCCGAACAACAGAGGGCAGAAAUCAUGCCGGUAUGACUGGGUAAAGCACCUGUCUACUCAAGGAACUUCACCCAGUAGAUCUAUUGUUCUUGCCAGUAAGACCUCUCCACAGGCAUGUGCGAAACGAAUCCAAGAUGCCAGAGUGGACGACUUUGUUCAGCCAUGUACCCUCAACGGUGUCCUCGCCAAGGACAAAUCACCAAUGCCGACGCUGACGGUGCAAGAGGAGGCCAUACACAAACUCUGCACUUUGGAUUGCGGUAAUGGUUCAUUGCAGCCUUACCUUGCCACAACCAAUCACCAUCAGAGUAGAGUCAUCGCCGAGCAAGGCAACUGCCCGGAGUUCUUCGGCGUGCAGGAGUUUGUCGCAUUUGGCAGCGUGCGUGCCGGUCACCUCCUGCAGUGGUUCAACAUCCUGCGAGGCCUUCACCAGCGUACGCUGCUGCUACACCGCGUGGAAGUGGUGCAGCUGAUAGCACAGAGUGUGUGGCAGGCGGAGGAGAGUGAUUGUGGACGGCCGGUGGGCGCUGCGAUACGCAAUGCACACCGGCCGUGCCGGGAUGCGGCGUUCGUCCGGGAGUUCACUGCCGAGCUGUGGCGCGUCUUGGAGAGCGUCAAGGCAAACUGGGCGCAUCAUUGGUCACUCUGUGCUGUCGUCAUUCUCGCUAAUCGCCUGCUCAAUUUGCAGGACUGGCUGCGCGAGGACGACGCGGAAAACGACGGUGUCCAACAGCUCUGCAAGAUCCUGUACGAGUGCCGCCGGGUGGCAAUCAAAUGGCUGGACAAGAUCCGGGUACUGCUCCAAGAUGUCACCGGUGACUCGGCAGGAAGGCUUCAGAGAGCGUCGGCUCACAUUGCCACGUUCGGCACGCUGACGUACAGCCACUCGGUGGGCCUGCUUGGCAACGACGACUCGCCGCUGUUGCGCUGGCUGCUGUUCGUCACCGCCCAGCAUGGCAAUACUGUUCUGAACCAGAGCCGGGUGCAUGGCUUCCACGAGUGCCUGAUGAAGCAAGCACUGCGCACUGCGUACAGCAUGCACAGCGAGUUUGUCACCGCUCUCAGCCGGAGGGAAGCCGACGGCUCCCAUCGCGAGUUAGACCACUUCAUACGGGCAUUCUACAAGGACGGCCGCGCCUCAGCACCGUUCACUGUCCACACUAAAAAUCGCCUGUGGGUCAAAGUCAAGUGGGGUCCGUGUGGUUCAGGCCAAGCCGGCGCCAUGGAAACCGUGCAGAUCGACUUCCGCGAGGGACAGUGCUUCAUCAAUGGCUUGCCCCCCGAUCGCCUCCCAGCCAAGAUCACGAGCAGCAGCUUGUUCAGUCGCCAUUUUGGCAGCACCGUCUUUCUGGUCAAGCCGUGCACAGGCCCACAUGAACAGGUUGCGCAGACGACUAAUGCCAUGACGACGGGUCCGGUUGCCAACAGUGAUGGGCACGAUGACGGCGCCGCGUCCGAACCUGGCAGGAUUGGACCGUUUGAGUUCGCUACCCGUGACAGACGCGGCAACGAAGAGCUCUGCAUCUACGAGCGUCGAGCCGACGGUAGCACACUGCUUCUCCUGGAUCAGACAUGGUUUUCUGGCGAAAGAUCAGCCGAUCUGCCCAUUCUACUCAUUGAAAAGCACAGCUUCUGGAUUGACAUCGACAAAAAGAAGAUCUUUCUCAGACCGGUGUACUUCCGAGACAAAGGCUUUGCCAACAUCGAGGCGUGUGACUACGUCCUUGAUUUCGACAGGCAGUGGCUGCGUGUGUGCAAGCAUGCGGCUAUUGGUGUCUCUCCUGGCUCCCGGUUGCUUGAUCCAGGAUGUCCCCUGGGUGGCUACGUGCUGGAAGUUAUGCAGCGGAUUGAGCAGGCACAGUACGUGGAGAUGUGGCUGCACGGCGUAAGGCUGGAGAUCCGCUUGCCCCGCCUGGGUCUGUCGUUCUGCAUUAGCAAUAUCACUGCAGCGACGGUCACAGCUUCUGUUCCUGCUUCUUGUUCUGCUGCUGCUGCUGCUGCUGCUGCUGCUGCUGCUGCUCCUGCUGCUGCUGCUGCUCCUGCUGCUGCUUGUGGCGGUGGUGGUGGUGGUGCUGCUGCUGCUGCUCGUGGUCGUCGUGAUGGUAAUGGUAGCCAUGAUGACAGUGGCAGCAUCAGCUCGGUGACGUCGGAUGCAAUCAGGCUUGACGACGACAGCGACUGGUGUGUGGAUACUGACCAGCACAUCGGCACCCUGCUCAAUCUCUCCUCUGGUCUAGUCCUCGUACGACAUGCCGGCGAACCGUACGAGGAGCGCUGCUUUCUCCUGCCGCAUGGCAAGCCCAAGUUUUCCCAAGCCGGCCGGGGAAAGGAGGGCGGCGUCAAGAUAGACCUUGAGCGGCUGCAUGAGCCGAGUCUGCUGCGCUUCACCGUAAACAGGUAUCUCCAGCAGUUGCAGGCGCCAGCCUGCCUGGUGGCGUGGCUCUUUCUGGCACUGCUGCAUGGCAUGACAUCGUCGGUUCAUCGCGACCCAUUCACCGGCCUUACCGGCAUGGAGAUGUCCAUGGUCAUCCUGCAGUCGGCUCGCUGCUGGUCCAGUUCUCCGCUGGACACCGACUGCGUACAGUGGCUGCACUCCAUUGCUCGCCUGUCACCGGCGCGAUGCUACUACCCGGAGCGCGAGAAGCUGAGUCAGACUGUUCGCUGGCCGGCUGGCAUACCGUCGUACUGUGCCAGCGAUGCGUACCUGAUCAUUACCGACAGGAUUUUAUCGUUCAGUGGGAGCCUGGGUUUCGUCUACCCCGAUUCGGAUGAGUCGCGAGAGCGGAGGAAACUGGAGCAUAAGCUGCACGGCCACUAUCAACGCGACCUGUACGUGCCGGAGUACAUGCGCCACUGCGACCAUCUACCUCUGCUGGCGCGCCUUCAGACAGCAUACGUUGUGGAUUUCAAGACCUCGGAAACCCCUGCCUUUCCCGAUGCUCUAGGCGUUCGGCAGGCUGUCUGGUCGUCCACGAGGCGUGUGAUGAGAAGGGAUGGAGCGUCAGCGGCCGUUGCAGUCAGUGCAGAUGCAUUGGAAGGUUUGCUACUGGAGACGAAUGCUGACGGUACACACAUGAUAUUCCGACGAAACUUUGAUGACGAUGACGACGACAAUGACGACGACGACGAUGGAGAAGGUGACUCUCCGCUACCGUCCUCGUGUCGAGAGUGGACUGGAAUCAAACUGCCGAAAGACUUUAUGGCGCUACACGGCUACAUCAGCGCGCGCAAAGACAGCACCUACAGGCGUCAUCUCUCUCUCAUGCUGUCGUUCUUGCAUUACACGGACAAACAUAACAGGAUGUUACUCUAUGUACUGGAGGGUAUUGCAGUGUCAUCGAGCGACGUCGAUGUUCCGGGUCUCAGGGAGUAUCCGAAAUCAGCUCCGAAGGACAUGCCCAGCUAUACUUACUUUCUAAGCCCCGAGAAGUACAUCACGUCUGAAGUUACCUUUCUGAAACGACAUGGCCCGAGACCGCUGAGAAUUGGAAUGUUUGCCUCGGAAUCUGAGAAAAUAGAGUACCAGAGGCUGAGGGAAGAUGUGCGUUGCCGGUAUCAGCAGGAGAUGAGUAGCAUCAAGCAAGCUAUUGAGAAGGACGUCAAACGGGCAACGGGUCUGUUGGCCGAUGGUCCCCAUUUCUACUUCAACCCUCUCCCACCCGAUCUGCCGAUGAAGUUCAGACUGUCCGACAGCGAGUGCAUUAAUGAUCUGGAAUACCGGAAGGUCUUUCACUCGCAACUCACUUCGGUCAAUGCAGCACGCAUCUUAAGGCUGUACGUCGAAGAUGUGAUCAGGUUGAUCGGAUGCGAUGGCCCGAGUAGACCACUUUCCCGGCAGCAAUCCCGUCGGGGCAUCGUUUCCAGCUGCAGUGUUACAAGCAUUGCGGAGCGGCUACUCACUCAGAACACACAAGUGCAUAUUAUCAAAGCCGCAGACAAUAGCAGUGGAGUGCACAAUUAUCUCGAGGGGCGGGUGCACUACAACGCGCGAGAACAAACGGGACGGAAACGAGCUCGGCAUGCGGGCAUUGCGCAACGUACCUGGUCCAAUCUGGAGGACGUGAAACGCAAGCUGCAUGACGAGCAAGGUUCACUUGCCGUAAGAUUCGCGAAGAGUUUCUCAGACAGCUUUACUGCUCUGGACAGGUUCUCGCCGGAGGAGGGGAAGCUACCGGAGAGUGAACGCGGCCUAGUGACUUCACUCCGGCAGGCGAUUACAAACUGCGACAAGAAGAGACGGUGUGUGCAGAAUAUGAUCGUCAAGAGCGCCGCCACGAACCGUGGGCUGCAGGCGAUGCACGCGUGCGGCCUUCUGGCGCGUGAUGUUCCGCUGAUGCUCCUGCUGCAGCUGCUGCCACACGGCGGGCCGACGACACCGGAGCUGGUGAGAACGGAGUGGUUGAGCACGGCGCGGCACCUGAUCGGCGCCUGGGCCGAGUGCAUGGUGGUGGUGCAGCGGUGGGCACGUAUCGUACGUCUGUGCCGUGCCAAGGAAACCGACCUGCUGCGGCGCGAAUGGUGCAACCCACCGCACGCCUCCUGGGCACCGUGCAGGCGUGACGAGUGGCUGCUGUUUGAACUGGAAAACGACGUUUGCAUCUGGAAACAGCAGGUGGAUGUGGCGGAGAGGAUGAUUAACCCCGGUUCGGCGGACGGCCACCGCCACCACCACCACCAGCAGCAGCAGCAUGUCGUCAUGCAACUUAAUAUGGGCGAGGGGAAAACUGCCGUCAUUCUCCCUAUCAUCGCCGCCCAGCUGGCCGAUGGACGAAGCCUAGUGCGUAUUAUCGUUCUGACGUCGCUACUCAACACCAACUUCAAUCAGCUCGUCUUCAAGCUAGGUGGAUUGCUGAAUCAUCGUGUUUUCUCGCUGCCAGUCCGUCGCGAUGUUCCCAUCACGGUGCGCGACGCUGAACGGCUCGAGAAGUUCCUGCGCGUUGCCCGGCAACGGAGAAACGUCAUGGUAACCGUGAGAGAGCACGUGCUGUCGCUCAGGCUCAAGUACCUAGAGGCAUCGUACAGCGGUGACUUGGGGCUGGCCAAAGCUCUUGGCAACGUAAUGCGGGCCCUCGCGCAGUACGCUCGCGACGUCUUGGACGAAGCCGAUGAAGUGCUGCAUCAUCGCUUUCAACUUGUCUACCCGCUGGGUCAACAGCAGCCGCUGGACGGUAAAGAGGUACGGUGGGAAGUUGCCCAACUUGUUCUGCUGGCGGUAAAGGAGCGGAUUGGCAGAGUUCACGAGCAGUUUGCAGGCGGCAUAGACUGUACCCAGGACGACCGGCUGCGACAGAAAUUUCCGACGGUUCGCAUUCUCGAGUCGUCCAGCGCCCAGAGAGUGUACCUGAGUUUGUGCGAGGAGGUUGUAGAUUUCAUUUUCUCCGGUGUGGGCAAUGCGACAUGCUCCGAGCUCCGAGACCAGCUGCAACGCAUGAGCCGCGAGGAGCGUUGUUUCUUGAACCGGUUCCUACUGUCGGAGAACCUCGGAAAGGAGGCCGCAACCCGUUUUCAGGCGACUGUGCCAAGAUGCAUCACACCACUGUUGCUGGUGCUACGCGGUCUCCUUGCUACGAGUGUGUUGAAAUUGGCAUUGACCAAACGCUAUCGUGUUGAGUAUGGUCUAGUCUCAACUACAGCCGCAUCUAACACAUCGCGGGACCGGAGAUCGAAGGGUGGCGGCCGUGGGAGCGGCCGAAUCUGUCGUAUGGCGGUACCUUUCCGGGCCAAGGACGUGGCGGCCGAACGCACGGAGUUUGGCCACCCGGACGUGGCUAUUGUGCUGACGUUGAUCAGCUAUUAUCAGCACGGUCUCACACGCCAGCAGAUUGACAUAGCUCUGGACAAGCUGGCACAGGACGAGGCCAAGAAGAGCAUCUGGGCACGGUGGGUGCAAUCCGCAGCACCGUGUGCGCCUCAAGCUGCACUCGCGCGUGGCCCUUGUACCAGUGGCAGUGGUGCUCGCGGUGACACUGAGCAUGGCUACCAAGACGAGGACCUGCGUGGCAUUCAAGACUACGACGGUGUCAAUCGUCACGACCCCAAGCAGAUGAGCGGCGUCGUGUUCCCGUUCUUGCGCUACCACAUGGACGCAAUCAACUUCUUCCUCAACUCGGUCGUAUUCCCGGGAGAGGCGAAGGAGUUUGCGAGCAAGCUGGUGGCGAACGCCUGGACGAUGACGUCGAAACGUAGAAAGAAACUCGUGACCGGGUUCAGCGGAACUAGUGAUACACAGGAUCUUCUACCAAACACCACAGUCCAGAGAAACCUACCAGAGCUGCAACACACCGACGCGUACGUGUGUAGUUUGGUGCUGAAGGACGCGAACAACUGCUACCAUUCCUUGCCGGCUGGAUGCGACGGUGCAGAGUUUAUCAACACGGUUGUCAAGUCCUCACGAUGUCCUGCGCGUGCAUGUACCGCAGGUGGUUACGACAUCGACGCCAUCAUCGACGCCGGAGCUCUUGUUCUCGACCUGCCGAACGAGCGGCUGGCCGAGCUGUGGCUGCAGCAGCGGCCGGACAAGCAGGGCGUCGUCUACUUUGGCGACGCGGACCGCCUGUGCGUGCGCCAGCGCGGUAGCCGCCGUGCGUGCCAGCUGGAGCUCAGUCCGUACGCCAGCGAUCUGGGCAAGUGCCUGGUGUACCUGGACCACGCACACUGUCGCGGCACGGACCUGCGAAUGGUGGAGAACACGAGGGCGGCGGUCACACUCGGUAAGAAUCUGCGUCGAGACGAGCUGGUGCAGGCGUGCAUGCGCAUGAGACGUCUCAGCAGCUCCCAUUCGGUGAGUUUCUGGGCAACGCAAGAAGCCGACACGCAGAUCCGUCAUCAGCUGGAUUUGAGACUUGAGGGUAGGCAAAUCCAGCACAAACAUGUUCUGCUUUGGAGCUGCUUGAACAGCAUCAAUGCUACGAAAGCUGCCUUCUACUCCUGGGCCAGCCAGGGCCUGGUUCAUCUCCGCACUGAGCAGGCCCUUGCGCUGUGUGAUAGCGACCGCAGGGUGGGAGAACAGUGCCGCCAGCCGGACUGCCAGUCGCUGAGACUGAUGUACGGCUGUGAGAGAUCCCGACAGCCGGUCAGUGCCAUCAUCCGCCAGAAAGGCCGGGACGUUGCCGGAGCUAAGGAAGUCAUCAGGCACUGUGAGCGCUUGGUGCCCAACGUAGAACGCUUUGCACAAGAGCUGAGCGAGGAGCAAGAACGAGAGCUGGAGCAGGAGACAGAGGAAGAACGACAGCGUCAGUUACCGCCAGCUCAACGACCAGUGGUCGAAGUUCUACCGGAUUAUCUACGGACAAUGGCUCAGUGUGGCUCAGAGGGGGUGCGCGAGGGAGAAGGAGAUCUGGUCCAGAUUUGGAAGUGCUUUGCUGACACAUCGCUGUCCAGAAGCGGCUUCAGCGAGGUCAUACCGCAGGAGACCUGGUCAUGCAGUGCCAACCUCUGGGCGACCGAGUCAUUUCGCCGUACGGUGGAAACGGCACGGACGGCCGGUGGCAACCGUGACGCUUACAUUAGACCCGUGGAGUGGCUUCUGUUGACACGGCAACCCCGGAACGAUGCGGUGAUAGUGCUGAUUAGCCCGUACCAAGCCAACCGCCUGCUAGGGAUUCAUAAUGAAGACAGCGCCAGUUGGAGCAAGUCAACAUCACUGCUAAUGCACGCCACCACGAACCAUAAGACGCAGUCGAUAAUGUCAGACUGGCAGUUUAGCAUUGCCGGACGACGACCCCUGCCCCCGCUGUCGACAUGUUCCGUACAGCAGAAGGCGAUGUUUGCGGAGCUCCUCUGCUUCUCCGGAGGCUUGUUCUUCGGUCCCCAGCCGGUCGAUGAGGUGUCAAUGAUGUCAGCCAUAGCACAUGUUUUUUGCCUUAAACCCGGCCCCGCUGGGACGAGUGGCACAACUGUUAGCUACACCGGUGCCGGGACAGACGCAUUGCCGCCGUGCAGCGGAGACAUCUCAACUGUAAGCCGGCGUCGAGCCCGUAACCCCAGGCAACCGAGCGGCGCCUGCCCGAUCGAGUUUCUUCGCCGCGUCUACGCCGUGCUGCGCUCCGGCAAGAGCCUGGAGCUGAGCGACAUGGGAAGUCUGUUGCUUCGCCGCUGCUGGCCCCGAGCGGAUGGUGAACAUCGUCACUCGGCCAGCGCUGACUUGUAGCUGUCCAGGGCAACGACGUGCUGUUGCAUCGUUGCCACUAGUCUGAGAUGGCAUACACGACAACUGCUUGAGCAGCCGCCGUGGAAGACUGUGAAGUGUGAAGCUAUCCGGUAGCGGAGGGAAUUCCCCUGUGUGGAGCUUGUUUCCAGGCAUAGUCUUCUCUGGUGUGUAUCGCUAGUAGCUGAUCAGCCAUGUCCUUGGCGGUAACAUGCAUUUGGGGUUAGCGGAAAAUACCGUUAAUUCUACAAUUCUUCCUCACCCAGCACCACCGCCGCCACCUCCAUUUUGCACUUUUCCCUUUUGUGGAGUUUGCCUUUUUGAUUAAUUUUAAUGUCUCAUCAAUCCUUUAGUUCACACACUGUGGGCAAUUCUGAUGUAUUUCUAAAUCGGCUCAUUCCUGGUUUUCAACCCCGUAUACCAUUAUUUAAUAUGUAGAAUUUUUUUCUCUUCAGUGAACUCGGCGAACUUGGUAAUGCGGCUGCUGCAAGCCGGAUUCCGAUAUACUUGGUUUCCAUGGUUUUCCAUGACUGAGCAGUGAACAUGGCUAUAGCUGACCUGACCAUGAUCAAUUGAAAGGUGGAAUGGAUUUUAUGUCUCAAACUACCUGGCGUCACUUAUUAAAUCAACUGGCCCAAAGCUGCUGCUAACACUUCGUCAUGUAUUAUUAUUUAAAAUUGCUAUCUGAUGCGCUUGGAUGCUUGUCACUGCUUUGAGAUACAGCAUAUUAUUUUACUUGUAGCCUUUCUCUUCUAUACGUGAUGAUACAUGUUCACACUUGAUUUAUGGCUGUGCCGCCUCAGUCACUCUCUCA